GGAUAAAAGUGUCAGACAAAUACAUAAACAGAAAUUAAGAGGAAAAUGCCAUACUUGUAGUAUCUCUGGGGUCACAUGACUACCCGUAGUGGCUUAAAGUAUCAGGUUACACUUUCAGAUUAGCAGGACUUAGCAGACAUUGUCUUACUCCCACUCCUGUUUUCUCUGUUAAGACCUGACUGUCAGUGAGAUUCGUGGGCCAGUGGUUGAGGGAAAGGAUGCAGAGCUGAGCUGUAUUAGCGCCUGCACUUUGACAAACAACCUCACUCUGGUUUGGAAAAAGGAUGGGAAGGUCAUACCUGGUAAACAAACGAACAACAAUAAGCUUCUCCUCAAGAACAUCAGACCUGGGGAUCAGGGAGAAUAUUCCUGUGAAUUACAAGACCCAACAGGACUUCCAUCUAAAACAGUGAAGCUGAAUGUCAUGUUCCCUCCAAAGAAUACCACACUCUCCAUCAAGCCAUCCGAUGCGAUACUCAAGGGAGGUUCAGUGAUUCUGACCUGCAGCAGUGUUGCCAAUCCACCAGUGGAGAGCUACAACUGGUUUAAGGUGAAUAAGUCAACUCCAGUAGAAACAGGACAGAUGUACAGCAUCACUAACAUCAGACCUGAGGAUGGAGGACAGUACUACUGUGAGGCUAGAAACAUUCAUGGAGCUAAAAAAUCAUCUGCCGUGUUAAUCACAGUUAAAGGCCCUCCAACCCACACUUCAGCAUCAGUCAGUCCCUCUGGGGAUCUGGAAGAGGGCACUUCAGUGACUCUAACCUGCAGCAGUAUUGCCAACCCAGCAGCGGAGAACUACACCUGGUUCUACAGCAAUGGAUCAACAGCAUCAGAAAUAGGAAGUGGGAAGUAUUACAUGAUUGGACAAGGCCACUCUGAACACAAUGGCUAUUACUACUGUGAAGCCAAGAACAGAUAUGGUGCCAGAAACUCUACACAUGUUCAUGUGUAUUUUUACUAUGCUCCAAGAAACACCUCGGCAUCAUUGAGUCCCUCUGGUGAAAUAGUGGAGGGCACUUCAGUGAAUCUGACCUGCAGCAGUAAUGCCAACCCACCAGUGGAACUUUACACCUGGUUUAAGGCGAAUAAGUCCACUCCAGUAGGAUCAGGACAGCAGUACAGCAUCACUAACAUCAGCUCCGAGGAUGGAGGACAGUACUACUGUGAGGCCAGGAAUAAAUAUGGAGCUGAGAACUCAUCUGUUGUGCUGAUGGAAAUUCAUGGUAGUGUCUGUCUGUCUCUGUCCUUGACUUUCCUCACCCCAUUUGCAAUUACAGAGGAUCAGACCCUAGUGAUCUACACUGUGAUUGGAGUCGCCACUGGCUCUGGAUUUCUGGGUCUUCUCUUUGUAGUGUGCUGCAUCAGAGCCUGUUGUAGAGCUGAGAAGUCUGAGGACAUAGACCAACCAAGUCUAGACAAAAUGAAGGAAGAGGAUUCAAAUAAAACGGGCAAUAAUGAUUAUGGUGAUUGCACAUUUGACUACAACACCAAUAUGGAUCCAGUGUACCAGAACUUUGAGCUAAAUGUCCCUGCUGCUGAUGGUCAUUUUGAUGAUGAUGAGUUUGAUGAUGAGUUUGAUGAUGAGUUUGAUGAUGAAUUUGAUGAUGAAUUUGAUGAGAUUUAUGAAAACUUUGAGGCAAAUUGA